AAAGCCCAAACCGAGCCCUGGCCUUCCCUCAGUUCUGGUCAGCCUACGUCCCAUGCCAGACCCACGAACGGGAUGCUGUGCGCCUCACCCCGGAUCAAAUUGACCUCAUCCGCCUCAUGUGUGCCUCCUAUUCUGAGCUGGAGCUUGUGACCUCACUUAAAGCUCACAACAAUACCCGGAAGUUGGCUUGCCUCAUUGGUGUGGAGGGCGGCCACUCACUGGACAGUAGCCUCUCCAUCUCGACCUUCUAUGCGCUGGGUGUGCGCUACGUGACACUCACCCACACCUGCAACACGCCCUGGGCACAGAGCUCAGCAAAGGGGAUCCACCCCUUCUACAGCAAUGUCAGUCGGCUGACCGGCUUGGGCGAGAAGGUGGCGGCAGAAAUGAACCGCCUGGGCAUGAUGGUGGACUUGUCCCAUGUCGAUGCUGUGGCACGGCGAGCCCUAGAAGUGUCACAGGCACCUGUCAUCUUCUCCCACUCAGCUGCCCGGGGUGUGUGCAAGAACACUCGAAAUGAUCCUGAUGAUAUCCUGCAGCUUCUGAAGAAGAACGGUGGCAUCGCGAUGGUGCCCUUGUCCGUGCGGGUGCUGCAGUGCAACCCGUUAGCCAACGUGCCUACUGUGGCAGAUCACUUCGACCACAUCAGGGCAGUCACUGGAUGCAAGUUCAUCGGGAUUGGCGGAGAUUAUGACGGGGCUGGCCGGUUCCCACAGGGGCUGGAGGACGUGUCCAUAUACCCGGUACUGAUAGAGGAGUUGCUGAGGCGUGGCUGGAGUGACGAAGAGCUCUGGGGUGUGCUUCGAGGAAACGUGCGGCGGGUCUUCAGACAGGUGGAACAGGUACGGGAGGAGAACGAGGGACAGAGUCCCUUGGAGGAUGACUUCCCAGAUGAGCAGCUGGGCAGCUCUUGCCGCUCCGUCCUCCCACGUCUGCAUCAGAGAGAGGAUCUGGCUCCAGACCAGAAACUAACCAGAGCUGCGGUUCGUGGGAAUCCCAUUUUGUCACCUAAGUGGUCAUUCUCAAAAUCUUGCCCCCACAUGGGCCCAGGCCUCACAGUUAUUGCUGCCUUCCCAGUCCUCAUUGUUUGGCUCUGGUGAUCCAGUUAAUCCUGCCAGAUGUCACUUUG